AAUCGCGGCCUGAUGGCUGUCCUUAUGCUUUCAAAUGUAGACAACCCAAAGGUGCAAAAUGUUGUAAAAGGAACUAAAACUUUUAUACAUAAACUGUCAUUUUAGAUGUCAUGUUUUUCUAUUGUGAUUUAUCGUAUUUUAAGUUGUUAUAGACCAUGCAGUUUUUACGAAGAAGAAGACAUCUCAUUCGGCAAGUACGUAGCUGAAUGUGGGAUAUCUCGUUUCAUCAACGAUGCACUGCCUGGCGGCAUGUGAGGAGGCUGAACGUAUUAUUAAAAAAGCCAAGUAUUUUCCCUCCUCCGUGCCCCCACCUAGCUACCAUCAUCAAACUCGAAUAGGAAGAGAAACGAAUAUACGUGAAUUAUAUGAAGCAGAGUGUGCAAGAGAUUUGGAGACUGGACAACCUGAAUUGAGAUCGGGGUCUAUGCUCUUGGAGAAAUUGGCAGCACGGGAAAGUUUACAUACACUUAUUAUAAAUUUGUAUGCAGGAAACAAAGGAUUUUCAGUUGCGGUUCGUAAAUUUGUAACAGCUGAUGAUACUAUUUGUUUAGAUUCAAAUCCAAGUACAUCCAAUAUGCGUGGAAAAAUGUAUAAAGAAAUCGAAUUGUCGUGGGAAUUUAAUUAUAAAACGGAUCGAUUGCUUCGUUAUAUUGAUAAUGAAGAAUUACCAUUUUUUCUAAUAUCAGCAUUGGAAUCGGAAUAUUCAUAUAUGUUUUAUAGUGGUUGUAUAAUUGCUGAAAUUCGUGAUUAUAGACAAGCUUAUCCUCGUAUUAUGUAUGAUACCCAUUACGUUUUACUGAAACCUUCAACUCAGACAUUUCAUUGUGAAACUAGUGAUUUAGCAAAUAAAUAUGAUUUAAAUGAAAAUGAUCGCCGACAAUUAGAAAGUAAAAUAUUAGCAAAAACAAUACCAUUAUGUUUGGAUCCAUCACCAGCCAAUGUAAUUGUUGCAAAUAGAAUACAGCACGAACGACAAAUAUUUAAUACUCUUGAUAUACGAAAAGCUGCUCAUAGCUAUUCCCAAGUGGCAACAAAUAGAAAACGUAAAUUAACAAAUACUCCACGACGUGGUUUUGAAUUGUUAGAAGCUAGUAAACGACAUCGUACACGAACGCGUAACAAUAUGAAUAGUAUGGUAGCAGAUUAUUAUCAUCUUCGACAACCAUUUGAACUCUCAGUAGAAGAUUCAAUAUAUCCAGCUCCUAUUGCAGCCCCAUCAUUUGAAUUGCCACCCUUGAAGCAUCCUCCUCAAAGCGAAAUUCCAGUUGCGGCAUUUGCACGACAUAUUGAUCCAUUACCAUUAAGUGCGGAUGGAGCACCUCGGCCAGUAGAAACAUUUGAAAAGACUAUUAAUGAUCGUGAUCCGGAACAAAAUCGUGUAAAUCAUAUAAAAUUAACAAUAUUUCAGCGUUUAUCGAAUUUGGAAUACGUUGGUGAAUUAUAUUUGGAUAGUGAUUAUCAGCAAGGGCAGAGUAAAGGUUCAGCGUGCCAAUUUUCAUUAGGACAUUCACGUAGACAUGCGUAUGGGUAUUUAAGUCAAUUCCUCGAAAUAUUUAAUGAAACGGCCCCAUCAACACAGCAUCAUUCGACGAUACAUCAUACGCAUCACCAUCAUAUUUCCACGAAUAGCUCAAAUAUCUCCUCUUCAGCCUCAUCAUCGUCCUCCAAUAAUAAUAUCAAUGCCACUCCGGAAAACACAGUACCUGCAAAUCAAAUACAAAAUAAUGCUAGAAGUGUAAUAACACAUCUAGCCAAUGGAAAUGUGACAGCAGCAUCUGCUGGUAGUGUGGUUCUUUUACAAGGAUCUCAAGGAGUUAUUUCUGCUUCAACUUCACAAAUAAAUUCCAAUUUACCUAUCUUGCAGUCGCAAUUGCAAGCAAAUAAUCAGAAUCGAUCUCAUUUAAGACAAGCACCGUUUACGAUAGCAAGAAGUGUGGAUCCUCAACAGUAUCAAGUUACAGUAUCUCAACCAUCAACUGUCAGAGCAACUUCGAGUCCCGGUAACAAUGCCACAAUAUUAAGCCGAUUAAAUAGUACACCAGUGAAUCAUCAAAAUAGUGCCGAAAGUGCUGCAGUAGCCAAUGCAAUUAUUAACAAUAGUAACAUUGCAAUUGUUGGUUUAACACCACAUCGAACAAUUGCAAUAAAUCAAAAAACGGCGUCACGUAAUAUGCUUGCAAAUAAUACAACAAGAUUAACAACAAAUCGGGCCGGUCAACUAGUGACUACUAAUAAUAGUGGUAGUGUAAACAGUUUACAACAACCGGUUCAAAUAAAUUUAUCAUCAUUAACAUCGCAAUUAGCAAAUGCGGCUAGUGUAAACCAAGGACAACCUCAAACAUUUAAUAUAACUUCGUUAAAUGCGGGUAAUAUCGGUUUUACAGCAGUGCCGUUAAAUAAUGUGAAUACACAAGGACAGAAACUAUUAAAUAACCAUAACGCAACAACUAGAUUAAUUGCACCAAAUUCAGCGACAUCACCAAGUCCAAAACGAACUUUAUCAUCAUCGCCAAGUAAUAAUGACAGUCGAUUGCAUGCUUUAUUAAAAGGUACAGCAGCGGCUGAUCAUCAUGUUGAAGGUGCGAAUUCCGAUUCGGGUUUAUUAGAACGAAUUCGUGCAUCAAGUGGUACAAGUCCUGUACCAUCUGCCAGUCCAACAAAUCCAAGUCCAAAGAAUUUAAUGCAUCUAGUUUCACAAUCUCCAAAAAUCAAUAAUAAUAAUCCUUCACCAUUAUCUAGUCCACCCUUGUCUACCACCCAACAUGUUAUAGGUCAGUCGUCACAACAGAAUACUGCGAACACAUUACAAAGUUUAAAUUUGGCACAAUUAACUAAUUUCUCAACAAAUCAACAAAGUGAAUUAAUACAGUUACAAAUACCUAUACAACUUCCAAUCAGUAUGUCUUCAGCCGUAUCACAUACAGGCGUUUUGUUGCCAAUUACAACAGGUGCUACAAGUAAUUCACAUAUUAUGUCAAAUGCGUCAGCAGCUUCGGUUGCAUCCAAUGCAACUGUUGUACCAUUUAUAUUAGCACAAAGUGUGAAUAAAAGCAAUGUACGUGGUGCUACAUCGCAACAAUUACAAGUGGUGAGUGCUUUACAGCGACCUAGAAGUACUGGAAGUACUCAUAGUGCAACGCGAGCUUUACUUACUGCUCAACGAACUACUAACACUCCAAUUCGUAUAGCAGCGCCAAAUAGUAAUGUACCAAAUCUUCAAACAAUGAACACAUCAAACGUGGCAGCAAAUUCAAUUGUGACAUUAUCAGGUCAACCACAACAUUUACAACUUGCAUUACAAAAACAAGCUCAAUUACAACAGUUUCAACAAAUACAAUUGCAACAACGUAUCAAUCAACAACAAAAAGUUGGUAUGACACCAGCAUCUGUUGCAACUAAAUAUCGUAGAAGAUCAAAUGCUGCCGAUCCAAAUAAAUAGCCCGUCAUUAUUAGCUCCGCAUUAAAAAUACAGUAACAUAUUACUCUCAAUGAACUGCCCCUCCCCUCUUUGUAGAUUGAAAUAA